UGCAGGCAGUUCUGAAUUUGCAGGUCCCUGUGGAGCAUUCUAAGGAAGUUAAUGAUUGUAAAAAUCUGAUUAAGACCUUGGUUAUGGGGAUGAAGACAAUUAUUUGGACCAUCACACAUGCCCAUUUGCCCCGCAAUCAGGUUUCUCCUUCAACUCAUGGAACACACCCACAAGCUCUUGUUUCACCAUCAUCUAAUUUGCCAGCUCCUCAGGCCUUCAAAGGGAUGAGAGAAGAAGAGCUUUGGAAAGCAUCUGGUGUCUUGAAAGGUGGUGUGCAUUGCCUAGCUCUGUUCAAGGAGAAGGAAGAGGAGAAAGAAAUGCUUCAGCUCUUCUCCCAAAUUUUGGCCAUUAUGGAGCCUCGAGAUCUAAUGGACAUGUUCUCAUUGUGUAUGCCUGAGCUUUUUGAGUGCAUGAUUAGCAACACUCAACUGGUUCAGAUUUUUUCCACCCUUCUUCAAAUUCCAAAAGUAUACCGACCAUUUGCAGAUGUUUUGGUUAAUUUCCUUGUAGGCAGCAAACUUGAUGCUUUGAAGAAUCCAGAUUCACCUGCAGCAAAAUUAGUUUUGCAUCUAUUCCGGUGUAUAUUUGGGGCUGUUGCUAAAACACCUACAGAUUUUGAACGUAUUUUGCAACCUCAUGUGCCCGUUAUCAUGGAAGUUUGCAUGAAAAAUGCCACUGAAGUUGAAAAACCUCUUGGUUAUAUGCAAUUACUGCGGACAAUGUUCAGAGCACUUGCAGGAUGCAAGUUCGAACUCUUACUCCGUGACUUGAUUCCUAUGUUGCAACCCUGUCUAAAUAUGUUGCUAAUAAUGCUUGAAGGUCCAACAGGAGAAGAUAUGAAGGACCUUUUGUUGGAGCUUUGCUUAACUUUGCCAGCACGUUUAAGCUCUCUGUUGCCAUACCUAUCCCGUCUUAUGAAGCCUCUUGUAUUAUGCCUUAAAGGAAGCGAUGACCUCAUCAGUUUAGGUUUAAGAACACUUAAGUUUUGGGUAGAUAGUUUGAAUCCCGAUUUCCUGGAACCAAGCAUGGCCAAUGUGAUGUCAGAGGUUAUUUUAGCAUUAUGGUCUCACUUGAGGCCUGCUCCCUAUCCUUGGGGUGGGAAAGCAUUGCAACUCCUUGGGAAGUUAGGUGGUCGUAACAGACGAUUUCUCAAAGAGCCCCUUGCACUUGAGUGCAAAGAGAAUCCAGAACAUGGUCUUCGGUUAAUUCUUACAUUUGAGCCUUCAACCCCAUUUUUGGUGCCAUUGGACAGAUUCAUCAAUCUUGCAGUAGCAGCUGUUAUUCAUAAAAAUGUUGGCAUAGAUGCUUUUUAUCGAAAGCAGGCUUUGAAAUUUCUUCGUGUUUGUUUAUCAUCUCAGCUCAAUUUGCCUGAAGUUGUUACCGAUGAAGGGUAUACACCCAGGCAAUUGUCAACUUUGUUAGUUUCUACUGUUGAUCCAUCUUGGCGCAGAUCUGAGACAAUGGAUAUAAAGGCUGACUUAGGUGUAAAGACAAAGACCCAACUUAUUGCUGAGAAGUCCGUUUUCAAGAUCCUGUUAAUGACCAUAAUUGCUGCUAGUUCAGAAUCGGAUCUCAGUGAUCCCAAGGAUGACUUCCUUGUCAACAUUUGUCGCCAUUUUGCAAUGAUUUUUCAUAUAGAUUCUAACUCAGCCAGUGCAUCAUCUGUGGCUCCUCCACUUGGAAGCACUUCGCAUUUUUCAAAUUCCAGGACAAAGAGUAGUACUUCUUCGAACCUGAAAGAGUUGGAUCCCUUGAUAUUUUUAGAUGCAUUAGUUGAUGUUCUGGCAGAUGAAAACAGGCUACAUUCCAAAGCUGCUCUUAAUGCUCUAAAUGUGUUUGCUGAAACACUAUUGUUCCUUGCUCGCAUGAGACAUACUGACAUACUUAUGUCAAGAGGAGGUCCUGGCACUCCUAUGAUUGUUUCUAGUCCAUCAAUGAAUCCUGUCUAUUCACCACCCCCAAGUGUGCGAAUCCCAGUUUUUGAGCAACUUCUGCCUCGGCUUUUGCACUGCUGCUAUGGCAACACAUGGCAAGCACAAAUGGGAGGUGUUAUAGGACUAGGUGCUUUAGUUGGAAAGGUCAAUGUUGAGAUAUUGUGCCAUUUCCAAGUAAAAAUUGUUCGAGGUCUAGUACAUGUUCUCAAAAGGCUUCCAGUGUAUGCUAGCAAAGAGCAGGAAGAGACAAGUCAGGUUCUAACACAGGUUCUUCGAGUGGUAAACAAUGUUGAUGAAGCAAACAGUGAACCACGCAGGAAAAGUUUUCAUGGAGUAGUUGAUUAUCUUGCAUCUGAGUUGUUCAAUGCCAAUGCAUCUAUCAUUGUGAGAAAGAAUGUGCAAUCAUGUUUGGCACUUUUGGCUAGUAGGACAGGUAGCGAGGUGUCUGAACUGCUUGAGCCUUUGUAUCAGCCUUUGCUUCAGCCUCUUAUAAUGCGCCCCCUUCGAUCAAAAACUGUUGAUCAACAGGUUGGGACAGUUACAGCACUAAAUUUCUGUUUAGCCUUGAGGCCACCUCUUCUGAAGCUGACUCAAGAAUUAGUUAACUUCCUUCAAGAAGCAUUGCAAAUAGCUGAGGCUGAUGAAAAUGUAUGGGUUGUGAAGUUCAUGAACCCUAAGGUUGCCACAUCGUUAAACAAACUUCGAACUGCUUGCAUUGAACUGCUUUGUACGACAAUGGCUUGGGCUGAUUUUAAAACUCCAAAUCACUCUGACCUGCGUUCGAAGAUAAUUUCCAUGUUUUUCAAGUCUUUGACGUGUCGGACACCAGAAAUUGUAGCUGUUGCAAAGGAGGGCCUAAGACAGGUUAUUAAUCAGCAGAGGAUGCCCAAAGAACUUCUACAGAGCAGCCUGCGACCUAUACUUGUCAACCUGGCACACACUAAAAAUCUUAGCAUGCCUCUACUGCAAGGUCUGGCUCGCUUGCUUGAACUUCUGUCAAGUUGGUUUAAUGUGACCUUGGGUGGCAAGUUGUUGGAGCACCUUAAGAAAUGGUUGGAACCUGAGAAACUUGCUCAAAGUCAGAAAGCAUGGAAGGCUGGUGAAGAGCCAAAAAUUGCUGCUGCUAUUAUUGAGCUUUUUCACUUGCUUCCUCAAGCUGCGUCAAAGUUCCUUGACGAACUCGUUACGUUGACUAUUGAGUUGGAAGGGGCCUUUCCGCCCGGACAAGUAUAUAGUGAGAUCAACAGCCCAUAUCGUCUUCCACUCACAAAAUUUUUAAAUCGAUACGCACCACUUGCUGUUGAUUACUUUCUUGCUCGAUUAAGUGACACAAAAUACUUUAGGCGGUUAAUUCGCAUUGAUUAUACCUUUUUGAAGGAGUUUUAUAUCAUUGAGGUUGCCGAAGGCUAUCCACCCAGCAUGAAGAGAGCACUUCUCUUGCAUUUUUUAAACCUUUUUCAAUCAAAACAACUUGGCCAUGAUCAUUUGGUUGUGGUUAUGCAAAUGCUAAUUCUUCCAAUGCUUGCUCAUGCCUUCCAGAAUGGCCAAAGUUGGGAGGUAGUAGACCCUAAUAUUAUAAAAACAAUUGUGGAGAAGCUACUUGAUCCUCCAGAAGAGGUUUCUGCUGAAUAUGAUGAGCCUUUAAGGAUAGAACUUUUGCAACUAGCAACUUUGCUUCUGAAGUAUCUGCAAAAUGAUCUUGUUCAUCAUAGGAAAAGAGCUAAUCAAAUUUGGAUGGAAUCAUCUUAA